GCAAGGAGGUCAAAAUGGGCGGGACCCGAGGCGUGGCUUCCAAUGAAGAAGGUCAGCGCGAACUGGCGACGCGAGCCGUGGAAUAUGGCCAACGGUUAUCGACCGUGGCCUCGACACUGGCCCGCCAACACCUGUCCGCGCCGCCGGUCGAGGUGGCCUUGGCUGAGAGCGGCGAAUUGGCCUUGGGCGAAUCACCCGAGGCCAUCCUGACCGAUUCGGACCAAGUGCUGUUGAACGAGGUGGCCUCGCGGGCCCAAGAGAGCCUACAUGACCUCAAGGUGCCCGGAGCCAACGCUGUGGUGGUGGCCUUUGGCGGGAAACGCGAUCAUACCGCCUUGGCUUGAACGUGCUGAAUGGACUGACCGCAUUGAUGGGCGGGUCACGCCUGCAUUCAAAUGACAGACAUCAAAAAUACAUAUACAUAUAUGAUUCAGAUCUUGCUAGCCUCUCCGUUCGCCUUGUCAGAACCGCCAUUUUCGUGACAGUUGACUUAUUUUUGCAGA